CGCAGUGAAUACGGUAGUGUGGACUCGGAUCAAUCGAUGCGUUUUCGGUUAAACGAAGCCGCAUACUUUUGAAUCCGCGAUAGUGUACACGAGCCCUUAGAGAGGUUGUCACGAAAAAUCAAACAUUCACCGGCAACACAUCUAUUAUUACCACUGAAGCUCACAAACUGGAAAUGAUAAACAAAGCCGGUCUUUUCUUCUAUGCCGCCGACUUCGCCGAAGAGCUAAAUUUCUAUGAAUUUAAAGCCCUCGUAUGCAUAGCAGCACAAAAACCCCAGAACAACAACUCUAAAAACGCUUAAAGAAUGGAUCACCUUCAUACCAUAGAAGUGGCGCUCUCUGCCCUAAGACAACUCUUGUCAUUUGUUACUUCACAACAUGGUUGGGAAAGGCAUAAUAAUUUUGUCCGCAGAGCACGUGCUUUUAUUGAUAAGGCCAUUUUCAUUUUGGAGCAAAUGGAGGAUCGAACAAGGAAGCGAUGCAAUGCCAUGUUUAAUUUGAUUGUGUCCACUGCUUGGCUAGUUGUGCAAAACUUGCAUUCAGGGGCAGUUUUCAGCGCAGUUGGACGUGUUACUAGGGACAUUAAGGAUUUGUUUAAUGGCCAGAUACCAAACUACAUGACCAGUAGUUAUGAAGAACUUACAAGACUGUUGGAUACCUCAUCAAUAAAACUGGCAAACAUCCAGUCUACCUGUUGUGAACUAAUAGAACAGGUGAACGAUGCCGAUGAAUAUAACUGGACCAGGCUCCUUACUGUUCGCCGCUUGAAGCCGUUUCGUUUGAGGGCCUCUUUUGAGAUCAGAGAUUGCGAACAAAGUGUUGAUAGGGCACAUGUAAUUAUAGAAUUACUGCAAAGCCAGGUCAAGCAAAAUGCAAUUACACUUGGACUGGGAUUCGCACUUGGCACGUUAUUGACCGUUGGUUUUGGGUUUGGUGCUCUUCGGGCCUUCCAACAAGCAGGAAGACUGCAAGCGGGCCUCCUGGGAUGCGGUGGAGUAGCCAGCACCGUCAGCGUUGUCAUGGUCGCCAAGAGACUCAAUGACUAUAAAGUGGCUUGGGAAGAAGUCAGACGGAGGCGAAGUCAGUACCGUCAAUUAAGCAUUCAGUUAGAUUCUCUCAGAGAAACGAUAGAAAAUGAUCUAAGGGAAGGGAUGCAGUUGAUGGGCGUGCUCGUCUCGGAGAGUAUUAUAACCAAUUUCUUCAUAAUUUUAGCAUAUCUUGUCUAUAUUUUUAUUUAUUUUACCGAUCAAGUAACCACCAUUGACCCAAAAAAAAUUGAACUAUGAUAUGUGAUAUAUCAGGAACGUUUAUGCUGUGAUUUCAAUAACCUUUUCAAGGCUUCUGACAGCCAGUUUGUUGUUGAACUUUCUUUCAAACGAAGUAAAGCUAUACAUAUUAGA